UAUUUUGUGUGAAGAGGGGGAAAUGCGCGAUCGAUCGGAGCAGGGGCGAGGAGGGACUGGAUGUUAGGCAGCAGGGCCGCCAGCAGGAAAAUGCUUUGGUCCAGAUUUGGGCCUGGAUCGGGCUGAGCAUUAUGAUGUAUAGCGCAUGGAUUGGGUUCCAGCGCGCGAGCAGAUGCCCGGAUCGGGAGAUUACCAUCGCCAAUUCGAUCCUAGCUGCGAUCAAUGCGCUGAUAGCUAUUGCGGCAUUUUCACAGCUUCUUCGAUUGUACUUGUAUACUCUGCCAUUGCGGUGGACACGGCAAAAGGUUUUUCAUUGUUUGAUUGGCGUGGCGAGUCUUGGAUAUUGUCUAUAUUUCGUGCUAAACGUGAUUGCACCCUGCCAAGGAUGGUAUUGCUGGAAGCAUGCGUGUGGAUUUAUAGCCAUGGCUGUUCCUCAGAUACUGUUUCUUGCUACCUUCUUGCUGUUGUUAUCGUUCUGGGUGGAUCUUUGUCAUCAAGCCACAGAUAAGGAAGAGGAGGAGGAUGACGAGGAAGAAACUGAUGGAGCUCAAGCACAGGCUACAGUCGGCAAGGAUCCCAAAGUCCCAGUGCACACGGACAAGCAUCGCCGCUGUUGUCAUUGGUGGAGAUCCAGAAUUCAUGGCCGUCAGAAGUUUGUGAUAGCGGUUGUGAUGCUGAUAUUCAUGAUCACCUUAGUCUGUGCAAUUCUGAUAUGGAUCGGGAUGGGGGACAACUUCAUAGACUCUGGGACUGUUGCCGAGAUCUACUCGGAUAUGCUUGCCAUUGUUAUUUUUUUGUCCGGUGGGGGCCUGGCAGGAUAUGGACUUGCAUUAUAUACAAGGAUGAGCAGGCUGCGUGUUGGAAAGACAUCAGCAGAGUUACAAAAGGUAGCAGGGUUGGCAGUCGUAUCGGUGCUGUGCUUCUCCAUACGUGCUCUUUUCAUUCUUUUGGGCGUGUUUAAAAUUCGCAGCCGAUACACGUCCGUAGUAUUCUUUCUGUAUUCAUUCAUAGGUGAAGUGAUACCUUGCGUGGUGGUGCUCUGGGUGAUGAGGAAUAAUCCGUCACGACUGAGCAGUACGCAGAGUCGGCGGUCCGUGACCUCGGUUUCCGGCUAUCAGCAAGCUUUAGCGCAAGAACAGGCACUUCUGCAGCAGUGGAUAGUUCCGGAUGAUAUGGAGUCGAUCAUUGUGGCGUCUAGCAGAAGCAGGAGGAGCAAGUCUGGAAGAGUAGCCGAUUCUUCAGAGGGAAGCACAAGCAAUUCUGGCUAAAUAAAAGCAGCGGUGUAAAUACCGAUUCUUUCAUUUGUAAUUCAGGAAUUUGGCUCUGUGCCUCUGUUUUGUGGAGCUGCUGGUAACUCCUACAUUCUUUUCUCCAGGACGCCUAUCGCAAGCACGCAAAGUGCCAUGUCUAAAAGAGAUGCGAAAGCUUUCAUUGAGAGGAUCACCAGCGGAAAAAGUCAGUGUAAGUCAAUAAAAAGUCAAGAAGUAAAUGAAAGUCAAUGGUAUUGAAA